AUGUCUAAGAAAAUCUCGAGGCUGAUGAGUCCUGCAGAACUACAGAGCAACUUAUCGAAAACAGGAAGAAGAAAUGGAAACCAAAAGACAAGGACCUAUGACGGGUCUGCAAAAUUUAACAGGAACCAAGACGUACUACUGCUAGCUACAAGAGCAGAAUGGACCUCACUAGUAGAAACCAAUAUUAGCACUACCAAGACCAAGUGUCUGCUGGUAUCAAGAAACAAGGAUUGUAAGGAUUCGCAGUAA